GAUAAUUCAUGUACUGUUAUUGUAAAGUGUUACCCAGUAUACCUAUAAGUUCACUUUUAGUAUAGUCGCAGUACAAGCUAAAAACAUUGAUGUAAACUAGUUGUUUACUCAGUUUACUACUGGUAUAUUUAAAAGUAUACUUUUAUAUACUAGAAAGUGGGCCAAUUUAGUGCCAAGGAGUAUUGAAAUAGUACACUUACAAGUUUACUACUAGUACACUGAUAUUUGUAUACUUACUACAUAAAGUAUACUUAAAAAUAUACUUGAACUUAAGUAUACUUAAUCAAAUAAACUUGAAGUAUACUACUUUUUGGUAAGGGUUGGCCCAAAUUACAGACGCAGGAUCUUUAAAAAAAAAAAAAUCAACCUGAACACUUCAAAAGCCAUAAAUAUUCCCAAACACCAGCCAGCAUCAAAAUGAACAAGCCUCUUAAGACUUUAUACAGACACUGAGUGAAUCUGGGAUAAUAAAGUCACUUGAACCUCAUUUAAAUUAACACGGUCGACGCUGUUGAAACAAAUAUUUAUGGAGAUGUUCUGAGGCGAGUUAAAGUUCCUUUCUGCAUAAAUAGUGUCUGCACAAACACAGAAGAGGAAAAGCAGAGUCCGCUACAGGAGAGAAACUAGCGCUAGAUUGCUGGCAUCUUGACGACACGGAAACUGUCAGAAAGUGAACAAAAAAUAUAGAAAAGGGAAAAUGAACAGAGAACAUCAGAAAAGCAUCAAUGAUAUCUAUGAAAAUGACUUUGUUACAGAAGAUCCACCACGACCACAAGCAGUCACACAAAGAAAAUCCAGUCAUCUGAACUCACAGGUACUGAGAUUAAUUAAUAUCACAAUUUGAUCAAUCACUUUUCUUCAGUCUAACUGGUAACUUGCUUUAAAGCAGACUCAUUUAAUAGUUCCCUUAUGAAAAAUAAGUUCAUUCAAGAGUGCUGUUAGUAUACUUCUUUUAAACUAAAAAUAGGGAAGUAUACUUUGUCUACUGUUCUUGUACUUCUCAGAAAUAUACUCAUGGCUUUUCCCACACUUGCAGUCUUUGCACUUGACAACUUAUACGCCAUAUUUCCUGUGUUUGGUUCAAGCGAGGGUGAAGACCACAAGUGUGUGUCAAACUUUUCAGUACCUUAUGGGACACACUUAUAGUGUUGUAAAAAUGCAAGUGUUUACAUAGCUUUAUUUUAAUUUUAAAUACUUUGCAUUUUAAAAUCAACUUCUAAAUGUCUGUUCCCUAAAACAUGACAUAAUUUUAAUUUGUGGUGCUUCUAAUUAAAUGAUAAAAAGCAGUUGCAAAUGUUGUACAAAAUAAAUAUCACCACUACUCAUCUUUGCACCAAUAAAACGUAAAAACACUGUUUUUCUACCAAAUUAUUUGUAAUAUCUAAUUAUUAUAUUAAUAUUUAACUUGCAUUGGAAAGGUUUCCGUGACCUCUUGCGAGAUCUCGGGAAAAAGUCUCACGAUUUAUUUCCAGAACAUGAUGCAUGAUGGGAUACACUCAGCAUAAAUAGUGUCUACAGAAACGCAGAAGAGGAAAUGCACAGUCCGCUACAGGAGAGAAACUAGCGCUAGAUUGCUGGCAUCUUGACGACACGGAAACUGCAGAAAGUGUGAACUGAGAAUGAAAAUGAACAGAGAACAUCAGAGAAGCAUCAAUGAUAUCUCUGAAAAUGACUUUGUUAUAGAAGGUAAAUUUGGAAAAAGGACCACGAGCAGUCACACAAAGAAAAUCCAGUCAUCUGAACUCACAGGAAGUGAUGGUGUGAAGAGCAGGAGCUCCAGAGCAGUUGUGGUGUGUUUGCCGCUGCUGUUUGUUCUUCUGACCGCAGCCAAAGUGCUGUGUGUCCUCAUCCAUUCAAAGAGCACAAACUUCACACAAGAGAGACAACAGCUACUAACUAAGAUCACCAACCUCACAGAAGAGAGAGACCAGCUAUUAACCAACAAUAUGAACCUCACAGAAGAGAGAGACCAGCUAUCAACCAACAAUAUGAACCUCACAGAAGAGAGAGACCAGCUGAAAUCAGAAAAAAGUGAACUUCAGAAGUUUUCUGCUGGUGUUUGCCAGUUCUUCAGUCUAAACGGUGGAUGGAAGUGCCAUCAAUCCAGUCUUUACUUCAUUUCCUCUGAGAAGAAGAGCUGGACUGACAGCAGAAGAUACUGUACAGACAGAGGAGCAGAUCUGAUUAUCAUAAACAACAGAGAGGAACAAGAUUUUGUGAAGAACAUUAUUUCUUUUGGUGAUUUAGUCUGGAUUGGUCUGACCGACAGAGAUGUGGAGGGCAGAUGGAAAUGGGUUGAUGGCAGCGAUGUGACCUUUAGGUUCUGGCAGCCUGGAGAACCGAAUAGCUUCCAGGGAAAAGAGGAAGACUGUGCUGUAACUCACUCACCAGGAUGGGUUGAUUAUCCAUGUGAUUAUUCAUCUAAAUGGAUCUGUGAGAAGAGUAUUUUUAAAUGACUCAUUAUGAUACAUAUUUAUGCAUAUGGUGUAUUUUGAACAUCUGAAUAUGUGUUAUGAUCCCAUCUGUUAUCUUUGGAUUUAUCUUGCCUGGAUUUGUUUAUCUUGUUUGUUUGAAUAAAUGUUUGUGGCCGUCCCUUAUUCUGAAGCAGCCACGUUACAAUACGUCUGUUAAACAUCAAGUCUUGUGUUUAGACAUUUUAUCAGGUUUUAUUUGAAUAGCACUUUAAUUAGGUUAUGUAAAAAAUUAUUAAAAAUAAAAACCAUUGUAUGUAUAUUUCAACUUUCAUAUUAAUCUUUAAAUUUAACUUUUUAUUGUUCAGUCAAAUUCUGUCACAUCGGCCCACCAGCAACUAUAGUUGUCGCAGUUGAUAGUUGUCAUUUUCCUUUUGUCAGUAUUUUUCUAGAUGUUAUCCAUGUUUGAUGUCUCAAUGACAUGCAAGCUAACAACCAAAUAAAGGAUUUCAAGGAAAAAAAGGUUGCAUCUUUCCCAAAAAGACUCAUGGCUGUAUUAGAUCAAAAGGGUGCUUCUACUAAAUACUGAGCAAAGGGUCUGAAUA